UUAGGAGUCGAGGUUGUAAAAUGAAUCAAAGAAUCGAAUCUUUAGGGAGUCGGCUCCCAGUUGGAGGAGUAGCUAGUGUAGGAGUUCUCGGCGGCGGUGUCGCAGUUUGAUGUCGUGCUGAGGUUCGAAGCGUGUUGUUAAAGACCCUGGCAUUAACAAACAGGCGGGGGAGUGAGUCUUCGUGGUGGUUUGUGAUGUAUGAAUGGAUAGUUGACGGGCUGUCGUCGCUGUUCGUUCCGUUUUCCGUGGUUUCUAGAGGCAAUUCGCAAAGCUGGCCUACGAACUGGAGCUCGCCGCCUGAUUCACCACCAACACCACCACCACCACCAAAACCACCUGCCAAGCGGCACUAUCAAAGUGUUCACUCUCCGGAUGGCGUAUCGGAUCACCUGGAAAUAAAAAGACCAAGACGAGAUGUGAUCGCCCGAGUGGUCAAGAAGACUUUCGCCGGGAUCGCAGGCCUGCUCCGUUUGCGACAGCACAAGCCGCAUCGUUAUGAAAGCGAUCGAGGGUGUAGAGAACCUCAGAUUGGACAUGUCGCUCUAGUGGGAAUUGAUGAAAUUCACAGCCACGGCCUAAACCGGUGGACGAUUGAAGGGGAUGUUAAAAUGGAGAAACAGAGUGAAAUGGGGCUGAGUGGUAAAGAGAGGAGCAUGCCAAACUUCUGCAUAGGUGCCCAACCCCUGAUAAGGAAACCUGAAAGCGGAUCAGCGUUAUAUAUGGGAAAUCAGGACAGGCACAGAGAGCGUCCAAACAGAAGGUCACUGCAACUUCUGCCCUCACGCCCUGUCCUCCCCGAGAUGGACGCACCCGGACGCGCCCACAAACCCUGCCUCGCCGUGGAGGAGGCCUUGAAAGAAAGUGACCGAGAGCACUACAGGAAGCUGGUGGAGAUGGUGUCCGAGAAGUACUCGAAGAACCAACCGCUGCCGUUUGGACGCGUGAAACCUCCAAUCACAACUUUUCCUCACGGCCGCACUACGCCCGAGAUCAGCAAACCUACGCCAAUCAAAUUGAACCCUCAUGCACCAUUGUGGAGGAAUUCCGCUUUAAUAAAUCAUACUAAGGACAGUGCACCAGUCAGCGAUGUUGGAAGGAAGAAACCAGAUCAACCUUCUAAUAAAAACCGGCCAGUAGACGUGGAUCUGUCUGUCGAGGUAGAAACCCGGUUGAACCUAAAAGACAGAGAAACCGCUGCAGUGUGCCAGCCGGCGCUGCGGACCCGCUCCGAACUUGUUUUUGACGCAGGGAGGCACCCGGAGGAAGAGUUUCCCAGAGUGACCAAGGAAAUGCAACAGGAGGUGAGUGUUGCUCUGGCACAGAGAGAUCCGGACCUGGUCUUGAGCAGCGCUUUUAAACUGCGCAUCACACAGAGAGAUCUGGCAACCCUGCAGGAGGGAAGCUGGCUCAACGACGAGGUGAUCAAUUUCUACCUUAAUUUGGUGAUGGCUCGAGCAGAGCAGGAUGCAGGUGGAAGGCAGGUGUACUGCUUCAGCACCUUCUUCUUCCCCAAGCUGCAUGGGGGUGGUCACGCCGCAGUGCGUCGCUGGACCAAAGCCGUUGACCUCUUUCUCUAUGACAUCAUCCUCAUCCCGCUGCACCUGGGGGUCCACUGGUCUCUUGCUGUUGUCGACUUGAGAGUGAAGUCAGUGAGGUCAUAUGACUCCAUGGGUCAGAGGCAUGAUGACAUCUGUAACCUGAUUCUGAUGUACAUGAAGGAGGAGUACGAGGUCAAGAAAGGCAAAGAUCUGGAAAUCUUGAAGUGGACCGUGACCAGCUUACGAGCCACUGAGGUUCCUCAGCAGAAGAACGGAAGCGACUGUGGUGUGUUUGUGUGCAAGUAUGCUGACUACAUCGCACGUGGACGCCCUUUUACCUUCAGACAGUGUCACAUGGCGUAUUUCCGUAAAACUAUGAUGUGGGAGAUUCUGAAUCAGAAGCUGCUGCAGCAGUAGGAAGGCAAAAAAACAAACAAUUAAAACGGACAGAACUUGACCAAAGCACCGGACCACACAACUUUCAUCCUCCACAUUACUCUACAGACGUCUGCUUGUCUGCUUCUGUUCUACCUUCACAACCAUCGCAUCUGGCCAGAAUGGAGGUGUUGAAAUUAGAGGGGUGUGUGUGUGUUCAGAUUGUUGAAAGUUUGAAGCAGACGAGCCAUAUAAUCAACACGUGAAGGGUUUUUUAAUUGUAACUGCUUUGUUAAUGAAGCAUGUGUCAUUCCUACGGUUGUCUUAUCGCCCUCUAGGGGUGUAUGUGUGUGUCUGCGCGUGUGUUCAAGAAGUUUGGUUCAAGACUUGGGAUUAAAGGCGUAUUUGAAUGUACACUAAUAUAAAGAAGUUCAGGACGUUCUCUUUUUCUUCAGCAAGGCCAUCAAUAAUCUUUUUCCUGCCAAAAUGGGCUGAACUUAUUGUAGUAUUUUUUUUUUCAGACCAGCAAAAAAAAGGAAGAAAAUAAUUAAUUCCUACGCGAGUCUUAAUUCACUUCAGUUUAAUAGCAAUCACAAGCAACGCCGGAAGUGAAUGUAUGUGCAGAUUUAUGGUACCCGAGCUGCAGGUCGCAGUAAAAGCAGUAUUUAUUGCGCACGGUGACGUCCAGAGUGCCUUGAAGAUGGAUUUUUGUCCAGGUGUUUUUUUUUUUUUUUGUUUGUUUUUCCCCACACUGAAUCUACAAGAGUUGAAGAAUUAUUUUUUUUGAAUGAAAUACACUACUUGUGUGCUACUGGAGGUGUGUGUGUUUGGUUGAAAUGACUGAGGUAUGUACAAUACGACGAGUGUGUGACUACAAAACCAGAUGGUUUUUUUUUUUAAUAUAUAUAUUUUGUGCUGUAUUUGUAAAGAAAGUAUUUUUUUUUUUCAUACAAACUGGAAGUGUGAUGAAAGACAGAAUGAGUUCUUUUUAAAGGUCAGAGUCAGAGAAAAGCCCUUUAAAAGGAGCAACACGUAGCAUUAUUUAUAUCCGGACUCCUAUUUGUAUUAUUCAUUAUAUAUUAAAAAAAGGAUUUAUUUUUUUUCUCUCACCUUCUAAAAUAAAUAGGUGGAUUGGCAA